CUCGGACUUUCAGGCACCUGAGAGCUGAGAGCAGGCCCAUUCACCAUGACCAGCGACGACCAGUUCUUCUUCGACUACCUGGCCUCGAUACCGCAUGACGUAAGAAAAUACUCGCUCCAAGUCGCCGAGUCGAUCGACCGACAGGUGGACCACGCCGCCAACGCAAUCCGAGAUACCCUCUCCGGCCAGUCAUGGCUCCCUGCAACUGUCCGGCCUGUACCUAGAUAUCGACCUAGUCCGCCCCUGUCGCAUUCCUUCGUUGAUCGCGUGCACGAGUGGGUUUUGCAUCAUAGAGCAUGGAGCGCCGCGAUUCUUGCCUUUGUCGGCACCAGCUGCGUGCUGUACUACGGGAAUAAGAAAUUGAACGGGAAGCGACGGAGAGCGAGGAGAGCGGGAAAUGGGGCCCGAAAGGAAAUCGUGGUUGUUGCCGGGUCCCCACAUGAGCCCAUGACCAGAGCGAUCGCCGCCGAUUUGGAACGCCGAGGAUACAUAGUCUACGUGACGGUUACAUCUGCGGAAGAAGAACAUCUCGUUCAGUCGGAGAAUCGCGUGGAUAUCAAAGCUCUUUGGCUGGAUCUCUCCGUUGCACCUCCGUCUCCAUCCGAUAUCCACCCAUCCCUGGCUGAAAUCCACUCCCUCAUCACAAAAGCGCAGUCGCCCAUGCCAGGAAUACCACCACAUACCUGCCAGCUAAGCGGCCUUAUCCUCGUGCCUUCGCCCAACUACGCAUCCGGCCCAGUGGCCACCAUCCCCCCUUCCUCCUGGAUCGACACGGUCAACACCCGCCUCCUCUCACCUAUCCUCACAACCCAACUCUUCCUCCCUCUCCUCACCGUCCGCAACACCAACAGCACCAUCGUCCUUGCCUACCCAUCCAUCUCCUCGUCGCUCUCCGCUCCCUUCACCAGCCCCGAAGUCACGACCACACGCGCGCUCUCAGGGUUCGCAACCUCCCUCCGCCGAGAACUCCGGCUUCUCCAGCACAACAACAUCGAUGUCGUGGAACUGAAACUCGGCAACAUCGACCUGGGCCCGCAGUACCGCAACGCUCAGAGCCACAUCACCGGCACGGAAGUCCUUGCCUGGAGCGUUCAACAGCGAUCCCUUUAUGCCUCGCAGUACCUGAACAGCAUCGAGCAGCGACCCGUUGCAUCCGCAGGCCCCGGCACAGUCCGUGGCUCGUCGGUGCGAACGCUCCAAUACGCGCUUCAGGACGCACUGGAAACUCCGUCGAAAGACAUUUUCGGAAGGAAGGUGGCCAAGAAAUCGACCAUCUAUGUCGGACGAGGAGCACGGUCCUACAGCCUGAUCGGCGAGUGGGCUCCUGCUGGUCUGGUGGGGUGGAUGCUCGGGCUGCGGACUGGGCAGCAGCCGUUCUCUUCUGGGGACAGCCCUAGCGGGGGGAGUAGUGAGACGAGCUGGGAGAAGAUGUAAUGUUGAACAUGAACAGUUGGACUAUAACGGUUGCGAUAAUAUAUCCUCUCUUCUCUUCUCUUCUCUUAAUCCUAAAGUGCAAUGCACAUUGGAAAGCUCUCUUCUCUCAUUAACCCCUGUAUCUUAACGAAGCAUAUCAUUCCAGACUGAACCAUACUAUACUAAUAGGCAACCUGUUCUGUAUC